AUGGCCGAUACACGCGGCUUCAAGCCAAUAAACCAGUUGUGGCAGAGCGCGGCAGUGUCGACGGACCCGGAUUCGGAGUGUCUCUACGAAGAGAUCGCGGGCCUUUCGGGGUCCCAGGAUACGGUACCGGGGCCGGCUGGUGCCGCCGUCGUCGGCGAGGAGGAGGGAGAGGAGGAGGAGGAGGAGGAGGAAGAAGACGAGGAGGAAGACGAGGACGAAGAGGAGGAAGAAGAGAGAUCGAGGGAGAGGCUCGAUUUUGGUGCGCAGGUCGGGGUCAGUAGCUGGUGGAGGCAAAGUAAACGAUCGGACAAACACGGGAUCGCCGGCGGCACCGUUAACGGGCGUGUCAGCAAGAGUCACAAAAGUGUCGGGACUAGCGCGAGAUCGCGCAGCAGAUCGGCCGAUCGGCCAUCGAGCGGACGUCAGGACAUCAUCAGGGUGGAGGAGGAGCAGUAUGCCUCACGCCGCAGCUACGUGGAGUCCGGUACAGGCGCCGUACUACCGCCUGGUACCGGCCACAAGCUGACCAGGGGGCGUGCAACAAGCACCGUCGCCCGUUACCUUCACUCGGCCUCGACGAACACAGGUCACUAUCACCAUCAUCAUCACGGGCUGCACGGACAGUACACGACCGGUCGGCCAACCGGCAGGCAUCACCAGCAUCAUCACCCAAGCCGCGGCGCGUUCAGUAAUGAGACGCAGGAAGAGGUACAGGAGGACGAUGAAGCUACUCUACGGGAGAUGCUUGUAAGUCUGCAGAAACAGGUCAGCGUUAUGAGUAUGAACUUGAGUGCCAAGCUGGACGAGCUUCAGCGGGGUGACCGCCAGCUGGAGACCACCUUCGCCCUCUGCGAGAUCCGCACCCAGCUGCAGGAACUCACGAAGAGCGUAGAGUCUUGCCAGAGCGAGGUCAGCGAGGUGAAACGGGACAUGGUCGCGAUCAAGCACGAACUAGAUACAGUACAGCAGGUGAAAGAAGAGAUAGAAGAGUUACGAGAAUACGUGGAUCGACUGGAAGAACACUCUCAUCGACGGAAACUUAGACUUUUGGAACAGGGGCUAACACUUUUCCUGUCGUAUGCAAUACUGGCAGCGGUCUUAGGGAUGCUGCAGUUUGGAUACAACACUGGAGUCAUUAAUGCGCCUGAAGUGAACAUUGAAAAUUUCAUGAAAGACGUGUACAAGGACAGGUACGGGGAGGACAUUUCUGACGAUUCCGUGAAGAAAUUGUAUUCCGUGGCCGUGAGCAUAUUCGCGAUCGGUGGUAUGCUAGGUGGUUUUAGCGGUGGAAUAAUUGCCAACAGAUUUGGCAGAAAGGGGGGCUUACUGCUAAACAACGUGCUGGGCAUCGUGGGGGCGUGCCUGAUGGGUUGUACAAAGAUUGCUCACUCGUACGAAAUGUUGUUCUUUGGACGGUUCAUCAUCGGUGUCAAUUGUGGCUUAAACACCUCGUUGGUUCCCAUGUACAUAUCGGAGAUAGCACCACUGAACCUGAGAGGCGGCCUAGGCACGGUGAACCAGCUCGCUGUUACGGUGGGUCUCCUGGUCUCCCAGGUGCUGGGCAUCGAGCAAAUCCUUGGGACAAAUGACGGUUGGCCAGUGCUCUUAGGGCUAGCUAUCUGCCCUGCGAUUCUACAGUUAUUGCUGCUUCCAGUUUGCCCUGAAUCACCAAGAUAUUUGCUCAUUACCAAACAGUGGGAGGAAGAAGCUCGUAAAGCUUUGAGAAGGUUGAGAGCCAGUAACCAAGUGGAGGAAGACAUUGAGGAAAUGAGAGCCGAAGAACGGGCUCAACAAGCCGAGUCUAGAAUAUCGAUGACAGAGCUCAUAUGUAGCCCGACGUUGAGAGCGCCUCUCGUUAUCGGUGUGGUUAUGCAACUUUCCCAACAGCUUUCAGGCAUUAAUGCUGUAUUUUACUAUUCGACGAAUUUGUUCACUAGUUCUGGUUUGACAGAGGAGAGUGCCAAGUUUGCAACCAUUGGCAUAGGUGCCAUUAUGGUUUGUAUGACGUUAGUAUCCAUCCCGCUUAUGGAUAGAACAGGAAGACGUACACUGCACUUAUACGGUCUUGGUGGCAUGUUUAUCUUUUCAAUAUUCAUCACAAUUUCUUUUCUCAUAAAGGAGUUUUUCGGUUAUGUGCAGGAAAUGAUUGACUGGAUGUCUUAUCUGUCGGUUGUGUCCACGCUCAGUUUCGUGGUGUUCUUUGCCGUUGGGCCUGGUUCGAUACCAUGGAUGAUCACUGCUGAACUGUUCUCGCAGGGUCCCAGACCCGCCGCCAUGUCAAUCGCGGUUCUCGUCAAUUGGAUGGCUAAUUUUUUGGUUGGCAUUGGUUUCCCGAGUAUGAAGACAAGCCUUGAAAACUACACGUUCCUACCGUUCAGUGCAUUCCUAGCCAUCUUCUGGAUCUUCACGUACAAGAAGGUUCCCGAGACCAAGAAUAAAACAUUCGAAGAAAUUCUAGCGUUAUUCAGGCACGGUAACGACAGGAGCAGCUUGCGGGACAGCAGACUUUAUGGGAGCAUGCUAAACUGUGUGAAUGCAUUAGAGGCCAUACCGCCAGCAGAGAGUGCAGCCCUGAUGGUGGCCGAGGAGAAGCCACAUCCUGAUUCAUUUGUGUUUGCAGCUGGAUCAGAGCGAUCUUCCGCCGCACCCGCUCAGCCGGAGAGACCACCGCCCCCGCUUCCCCCGCCACGCUUUCCGAACAGCGGUGUCUGA